AUGGUCAAUAUCGAAUACGAUGCUUCUGGCAGCAUGACUAUACAAAAUGACGGAGAGACCGUCGUGUACAACCCUGGCGACAUUGCAUGGGUGCUCGCGAGUACCGCACUGGUGUGGUUAAUGAUACCAGGUGUUGGGUUUUUUUAUUCCGGGCUGUUGAGACGAAAAAAUGCACUAUCCAUGAUAUACCUCAGCAUGAUGACUAUCGCGGUGGUUUCCUUCCAGUGGUUCUUCUGGGGCUUCUCACUGACUUUCAGUGACACGGCCAGCCGUUUCAUCGGGGAUUUGAAAUAUUUUGGUCUCAAAGGUGUCCUUGAGCAACCUUCCAUAGGAAGUGCUAGAAUCCCGUCCAUCGUCUUCUGCGUAUACCAGCUCAUGUUCGCAAUCAUUACCCCAAUGCUCGCAAUAGGAGGCUUCGCAGAGCGUGCCCAUCUCGGUCCUUUGCUUGCCUUCGUCUUCUUCUGGUCUACACUCGUUUAUAAUCCCAUCGCAUGCUGGACCUGGAAUUCAAACGGAUGGUCGAUGGUCCUCGGAGGCCUAGACUUUGCUGGAGGAACUCCGGUGCAUAUCUCUUCAGGGACAGCGGCUUUGGCUAUUUCUGUUUAUCUUGGCAAGCGCCGGGGCUAUGGCACAGAAGCUUUGGCCUACAAGCCCCAUAACACAACAUAUGUGAUUCUAGGAACUGUAUUCUUGUGGGUGGGAUGGUUUGGCUUUAAUGGCGGUUCCGCCCUCGCCGCAAACAUGAGGGCCGCCCAGGCAUGCAUCGUCACAAACUUGGCGGCAAGUGUCGGUGGACUUACAUGGAUGCUCUGGGAUUACCGUAUCGAGAGAAAGUGGUCUGCUGUAGGUUUCUGUUCUGGUGCUAUCGCAGGACUCGUGGCCAUCACUCCCGGCUCUGGAUUUGUUGGUGCUCCCGCGGCCGUCCUCUUUGGCUUCAUGGCCGGCACCGUAUGCAACUUUGCCACCCAAAUCAAAUUCUUCGUCGGUUACGACGAUUCUCUCGAUGUUUUUGCAUCCCACGGCAUCGGCGGAGUCGUCGGGAACCUUCUCACCGCACUUUUCGCCCAGGCGAGUGUAGCGCACUUUGACGGGACCACUAUCAUAAAGGGAGGCUGGCUAGAUCGCCAUUGGGUUCAGCUGGCUUGGCACCUCGCAGACUCGGCAGCUGGAUUGGGUUAUUCGUUCACGAUGACCACCAUCAUCUUGUGGGUCAUGCACUAUAUCCCUGGGCUCCGUAUACGCGUAUCGGAAGAGGUGGAGGAGCUGGGUAUCGACGAAUCGGAUAUGGGAGAGUUUGCUUAUGAUUAUAUCGGUUUCGAUGCCCCGUACUCGACCGGGUAUAGGGAGAACCGGGAUUCAGAAAACCAGUAUUUGAAAGAACGGUCGAACUCGCAUGUGCACUGA